GGAGCCCCUUAUGCUACAUACUUGUAACCUUGUAUCAAAAACAUUUAGUUAUUGAUUGUUUGAUCAUGUGUGCCCUUGAUAUGGACCCUAGACCCGUCAUUCUCCCUCUGUAAAACACUCCCUAAUAAAAUAUCGCGUCACUUCCUUGCCAAUCCCUUAGAAAAAGAAAUAUUAGAAAGGGACGAACGACGCUGGGAAAGAGCGAGAAGAAGCCAGAAGAGAAGAUAAAGAAGAAAAGACCGAUGAAAAGAGGGAUAGCGAGGCGGGAGGAAGAGAAACACGAGCGUAAUCAAACUGUCAUGCCACUCCACAAGUCGUCCCACAAGGCACCUCGCCUGGACCCCACCAUGAUCUCAGCUCCGCUGGGGGACUUCCGCCACACCAUGCACAUCGGGAGGGGCGGAGAUGCUUUCGGUGACACCUCCUUCCUGGCUACUGUCGGCCCCAGCCCUGACCCUGGGUCUCCGGGUGCCACGGCAACAAACGACUCAAUGCCGCCCGUUGAUUCCGAGACGCCACUUAACCACACUGAUGAUGUCACGGAUGGCUUCGGAAGCCCACUGAACAGUGAGCUUCAGCAUUCCGAGUCGGUGUCGUCCUUCACACUCGAUAUGGAUUUCGACCUGGGCCCAUCCAUCAUGGGUGAUGUGCUGGGGGUGAUGGAUGGACUGGGGCUGGACUCAGACUGGACUAGGACUCACGCUAAUGAGGAAGAUGUCUCCAGUCCAAGCAAAAGUCUUGUCAUUGAAGUGGAGAAUUUUAAAAUGGCGGCGGAGGAUCAGUCUGUCAGCAUAAGGAACGAGCUGAAUGAGAAGAAGCUUUUAGGGAUCGAGGGAGAUGAGGUGGGAGAUGGAAGGAUAAUAGAGGGGACUGGAGGGAUCAAGGCCAAAGGCCAGAGGCCGAAGGUGAGAUUCAGCGACAAACGAGAGGAGAUCAUUCGCCAAGCGUCGGAGGAGGAAGGUCAGGAGUUAGAUGUUGAGGAAGAGUAUGUGAGUCCCACUGAGGAAGAUCGAGAGAGAGGGAACAACGUCAUCAGCGUGCCAAUCGCGGGAAUAGAGGUACAGCCCACCAAUCACAAGGCGGAUUCACCUUCCAGUCCCGCCUCCUCACAUAGCUCAGAGUAUGAGGGUGUCACCCCAUUGGACAGGAGGAGGGUUGACAACUGUCACUCAGAGACUGAUUCCGAGGAGGAGGAGGAGGAGGAAGGGGGAGACAAUGGACGGGGCUACACAUUUGAAGAUGAGUUUGAUGAUGAAAUCGGCCUAUAAGAGUGCUAUGGGGCGUCUUACGUCAAUCAAUCAGAGGAUAAAAUGGUUCCUCAUUGGUUGUGAACUAUGUACAGUUUACUUCCUCUAUGCAUUGUUCUGCAAAUUAUCAUUCAAAAGGGAGGUUUAACCAAAGCUAAAUAUUUCAGAAUAACAACUGGAUAUUUGAAGAGUCUCUGUUGAAAUGUUUUUGGGACCAAAUUGCUCCUUUGGAUCCUCAGUCAUAGACAUGCAGUUAGUAAACAGUUACUACAGGAAUCCGUUUCAUUGAAUCAAUCUUAUAAGCGCCAAUUGAUGGACAGAAAAAAUGUGACCUUUGAAAUAGCCACCUAGUAUUCAGAUUUGAAAUGCUACAUUUUUAACAGACACUGUACUUCAAUUUAUUAUGUCUCAAUUCAAAAUACACAAAGAAUAGCCUAGUAUUGUUUUAGGCCAAGCAGUUUUUCAGUGAAUAAAUAGCCUAGUUUGCAGCACUUUAAUUCAUUUCAAGAAACUGGAAGCUUUACUGUUAAAUCAGUGCUCAGUAAAAGAUAAUGACAGUUUUUUAAAUGAAAAUGAUUAAGGCAAAUGGAAAUGUUUUAACUAACAUGUUUUAGUUUUUACCAGGUCAAAGGUGUUUCUUAAGAGAAAGUGCAUACGAUACAGAAAGACUAGUAUCUUAUGCUGAAGGUGCCUUAAAGGGAGUUGUAUUGUUCAUAUCCCUGUGCUUUAACUCACUAUAGCCAUGUCUUCCUUCUUUAUGUUGUAUUUUCAUAUCAUGUAUUGCUCAGAGCAAAUUGCUUUGUUGUCCGUUUUGCAUUGCAUCUUAAUGCUCUUUAGAAACAAACUAAAUGAACCAGCCUUUUUAGGACGAAUGUAGAUUUCUUUGCCACCUGUUUCUCCACCUAAUUCAUGGAAAGUGUUUUUUCCUGAGUGAUUUUAUUGUUAAAUGCCACUGGGUUGUUCUACGAAAUGAGUCCUGUUUAGGUAGUGUAACUUGGUUAAAAAAUAUAUAUAUAUUUUAACAUUCUGUAAUGAUGAGCACAUUUUCAACUUAAUAAAACAUGUUUUCCCA